ACUGACAAACUCCUACAUUUGGAAACAAAGGUGAUCCUGACGCAUUGUGAGUCCUCGCUUCCCUCCGUGGGAGUGGCUCUGCUGCUCCCCGAGGCAUGUGACCAUGUGACCACGGUCCGUCACCGCGGAGUCAGACGAACUGCGGGCAACUUGUGACCGAGACGCGUCGGCGGCGGAUCGGAGCCUCUGCGACUUCUAUAAAGACUUGGACCCCGGCGACUCGCGCGUCCACCUCUCCAUCCCUCCAACUCUCCAACUCUCCAACUCUCCAUCUCUCCGUCUCUCCAUCCCUCCAUCCCUCCAAUUCUCCAACUCUCCAACUCUCCAUCCCUCCAUCUCUCCAUCUCUCCAUCCCUCCGCCAGGCAACAUGGACUGCGGGAUUUUCACGUCCAAGACCAUCCUCCUCUUCCUCAGCCUGGUGUUUUGGGCUGCAGGAGCGGUGUUGGCCUACAUCGGUGCCUAUGUGAUCAGGAGCUACAACAACUUUGACAGCUUCAUUCAGGACAAGUAUGCACUGGUCCCAGCAGCCAUCAUCAUCGGCAUCAGCAUCGUGAUGUUCCUGUUUGGUCUGAUCGGAUGCUGCUCCACUCUCCGGGAGUCCAAAUUUGGCCUCAGCUUUUUCUUUCUGAUCAUCAUGGCGAUCUUCGCGGCUGAAGUGGCUGCUUUGGUUUUUAGCUUCAUCUACCAGGGCAAGAUAAGCGGAGACCUGGAGCGCUCUAUGAAUGAGUCCUUUGCAAAGUAUGACGGACAGGGCACUGAGACCAAAGGUGUGGACUACUUGCAGAGUCAGCUUCAGUGCUGUGGAGUUAAGAACUACACCAGCUGGUCCAACACGACCUGGUUUACCAGCCACAACAACACAGUGCCUCUGUCCUGCUGUAAAAACAACACCACGCAGUGCACUGGCAGAAUGGAUCAACCGGACCUGCUCAACGUGCAGGGUUGUGAGGUCAAGCUUGGGAGCCUCAUCGAGGGUGUGUGGCGUUACGCCAUGCUGGUCAUUCUGGGCUUCGCCAUCAUCAAGUUCUUUGGGAUGCUGAGUGUAUGCGUGAUCAACUGUCAAACUGGCAGCCGGAGGAGCGGCUACCAGCCGUUCUAUGCCUGAAAGCCUCCUCCCACCUCCUCUUUCUGCAGUAUACUGAAGCAUACAGGUCCAACAUAUAGAAAUCUAAGCUUUAUUCAUUGAAUUUAGUAAUUCGAUUACAGGAAAUACUGAUCUACUGAACAACUGAUGUACUUUGCUUGAAAAAUAACUCUUCUGAAGCUGCUUUCUUGUUACUAAGAGAGAAAUGGUGACAGAAAAGGAAACAAUUUUCCGACAUGGAGACCUCUUAAAUGUUGCUGAGCCUACUCACUCUGCUGUUAAUAUAGUUAAUAUUCUCUUAAAGAACAUUACACCUUGGAAUGUACUAUAAUGAAAGUCUACACAAUAUUUAAAGCCCUAUUGUGAUUGUGAUACUGCAAUUUGAUGCCUUAUUUAGGAUUGUGAUAUUUUUAGCCAACUGAAUGAAUGGAUUCAGUAUAUACGUAUAAUGUUAUGGUCAGUUGACUGUUUGCAAUUAAGUCACAGUUCUACAUAGUUUGACUUUUGGUUGUUAUUAUGUUUCUAAAAUAAAAGGUCAAUAUUUCAAAAUAA